CCCUUGUGAUCUCGUAUUACGAUGAGCGACACGGUAUUAUUAUCAUUCCACGCCGGUAUUAUGACAAAGUUAGAUUGAAAUUAUUAUAUAUAUUGAUGAUUGAAAAAAAUGGAUUUUAAGUUCAUUCUUGAUGUAUUUGGGAAUCUUUUCCUCUUGUCAGGAAUAUACUACUGAAUGGAAUUAGAUUCUGAGGAACACUAUGUUUAUUGUCGUGGUCUCUAAACAUAGAUGCUGGGAAACCGCUCUUCGUACUGUACAUGCAGGGGAUUAAAUGAAUGUACUCUUUGCACAGAAUAAUAAUAAAAUAAUUGGAUAUUCUUGGUGGUCUCGUUGUCCUACUUUCCCGAUGCCCGGGCCGGACUCGGGGUGUGAACUUUUUUCCCAUUCUACAAGCAAAUGGUCCGGUCAUUUCGGCUGAUGUCCAAACCGCAACACUUUCUAACCCUUGUUGUUCUCUGGUCAGUGUUCAACUCUGUCUGCGUCCACUCUCAGGUUUCUGUUCAAGACUUUACAAUCCAGUUAUAUGAGAGAAACUUACCAUGGCUAACUUGUCCUGAAGGGUGGAGUAAAGUCGGAAGCAAGUGUGUCCUGGUUUUGGCAGAAUUAGCAACAUUUACUCAAGCAGAAUCAUUAUGUCAAAGUUAUGGAGGUUGGCUGCUGAAAAUAAGAGGAUUUAAUCAAAAUCAGCAGAUUGGAAAUUUUAUAGAAAAUGUGCAAUUUCAGCAGAGUGACAAGUUUGUAUCCCUGGAAGGAUGGGAUAACGGGCAAUUCUGGAUUGGUUUGUUCAGAGAUGAAAAUGGUCAGUAUCAAUGGAGUGAUGGACAGGUGACAAAUGUAGAACGGGGCUUCUGGGCCCUCAAUCAACCACUGGGCUUUCAAGAUGGUCACAAGCAGUGUUCUUCUAUAAAUGUACGUAGCGUGAGUGACUUUGGUAAAUAUCGCUGGUCAUUGGGACCAUGUGAAGUGAAGUUACCAUUUGUGUGCCAAACUGUGCCAUGUGCUAAGCAGCAAUUCCGCUGCCAAGAUGGAAGCAAAUGCAUCAGUUCUGAUUGGUUAUGCGAUGGAGUUGCCGAUUGUCUCGACCAAUCAGAUGAAAAAAAUUGUUCAGGUUAUUGUGGCAAUACAUAUCAGGGAAACACUGGAACAUUCCAAUCACCGUAUUAUCCUCAUCACUACCCACCCUUCUCAUCCUGUCAAUGGGACAUUCAUACUCCUCUUGGGACAAGAGUCUAUUUACAAUUUGAAGCUUUUGACUUAGAAAAUGGUUAUGAUGUUGUCAGCAUUUAUGAUGGCCGCUCCAUGUUAGAUCCGCUGGUCGGAAACUACAGUGGAAGCAGCAUUCCCAUAAUUCCCCUCUCCUCCAGUAACAGCCUUGUAGUCAAGUUUCUCUCGGAUCAGGACAAUCAGACCACUGGCUUUAAUGUCACCUGGUUUGCAGUUGCCAUUGAGGGCUGUGGUGGCACAUUGAAUGCUACAUCCCAGUCUCAGUGGGUUACCUCCCCUGGUUAUAAGAAAUCUCAGUAUGUUAACAACCUCAUCUGUGACUGGACGAUCACUGCUCAACAAAACCUGAUCUCACUACAGAUUGAGGAUAUUUCCCUGGGGUCAGGGGACUGGGUGGAGAUUAGAGAUGGGGACACGGAGAACUCGGCUCUGUUUGGGAGGUACACCGGUGAAACUUUACCUCCCGUUAUCAUCUCUACUGGUCACUGUCUCUUCAUUCGGCUCCAGGCCGACAGGGAGAAAGUCGGGAGAGGAUUCAACAUUUCAUAUAAAGCAGGGUGCAAUAAUAUCAUAAUAAACAAGGAAGCUGCCAUUAUUUCAUCUCCUGGCUACAAACUGGGAGCCUCGUAUCCACUCAGUCUUCAGUGUUCAUGGCUCAUCACCAACCCACGUAAUACACAACUCACCAUCGUAUUUGACGACAACUUCGACACCGAAGUGGACUUUGAUGUUUUAACACUUAUAAAUGGAUCCUCGUCAGAGGAACCUGGUGCUGUGAUAAGUAGAUAUUCUGGGACCAAUGGACCUUCUGUCACACGUUCACGUCAAGGUCAUUUCAACAUUUCCUUCAUCUCAGAUGACCUUGUAUCAAGGCCAGGCUGGGGAGCUACCAUAUCAUACGAUUGUCCAAAGUUGGAGAACUUGUCCAAACACCUGCAUGUGAGUAGUCUGAGAGUGGAGUAUGGGACUGCUGUCAAAUUUACCUGUGAUACUGGCUACCUGUUGGAAGGGGCCACAACUCUCAUCUGUGAUAUAAAUGGAACCUGGUCAGACUCACUGCCCACCUGUAAAGAAAUAAACUGUGGAUCACCGACUGUCCCCAACCAUGGAGCCAUAACUUGGUCUAAUUCCUCGUAUUACACAGGACUGGUUCAGUAUAAGUGUGAUGUGGGGUAUCGUUCGCUCGACCCACUUUCCUCAAAAUGUCAAGGAAAUGGGCAGUGGAGUUCUGUUCCUAAGUGUGAAAAAGUCAGAUGUCCAAAGUUAGACAGUCUGCAGAAUGGAUCAAUUAUCUAUGACUUUGAUCCCUCUUAUGGCCAGAAGGUUUACUUCAUAUGUAGAGAGAACUACCGACUUGUUAAUGCCUCAGAAAUUGUUUGUCAAGAUAAUGGACAAUGGUCUUCACUAAUGCCAAAGUGUGCACCCCCCCUGUGCCCUUACUUGCCUAUCAGUAAUGGACGUACCAGUGUGGUCCAGCCGGUGGGCGGGACUUCUGUCCAGGUGACCUGUAACCCUGGCUAUCAACUACAAGGCCCCCAAAGUGUCAGCUGUUACCUGGAUGGAACCUACCAGUCCAAUCUACCCUCCUGUACAGAUGUAAAUGAGUGUGAGAAUAGAGACCUGUGUUACCCCCACAUGUGUCACAAUGUGAUGGGGAGUUACCAGUGUAGAUGUUCACAUGGCUACCAGAAACUUAAUGAAACAUCGAACGAAUGUCAGGAUAUUAAUGAGUGUGAGAGUGAUGUUUGUGAUCACCGGUGUAAUAACACAGUGGGGGGCUAUAUCUGUGAAUGUAAACCUGGCUAUCAACUCUACAGUGGAAAUGACGUCAUCGUCCUGAACCAAAGAGUGCUUAUUCCCAACAAAACCUGUAUAGUGUCAUGUCCAGCCUUCAACGUGUCCAAUGGAGGGAGAGGUUUUGCCAACACUACCAAGCUGCCAGAUAAUACUUAUAUCUACCCCACCUCAAUGUUUAUCUACUGUCCCUUUGGAACUCUUCCCUUGUGGAACACCACCACCAUCUACUGCCAGGCCAAUGGGACGUGGUCUUAUAACAUCGACAGCUGUAUAGAUCAACUGUGUGAAACUCUUCCAACAUUAGAGAAUGGCUAUGUUUACUAUGACCGAGAUCUAUUGAGGCUUCAUGGAUAUACUGCAGAAGCAAAGACAUGUAUAAGACCAGUAGAGCCAGUCCAUGGAUUUGUGAAUUAUUCAGGUGUAUCUUAUGGGUCAGUGGCUACCUAUAGCUGCCAGUGUGGUUACACUCUGAUGGGGUCAAAGGUCAGGCACUGUCAAGGAAAUGGAGUUUGGAGUGGUAACAGUACCAUAUGUGUAGAGAUGGAAUGUUCUACACCCACUGUGCCCUUCAAUGGUGGUGUGAAAGACCUGCCAGGGAUGUCUGGGGUCUUUGGAGGGCCAAAGACCAGAAUUUCAUACACCUGUCAGAAAGGUUACUCUCUCAUAGGGUCUACUCAUUCCACUUGUGCCUUACCAGAGGAAACCACUAUUCCUGACCUCUUGCUGUUGUUAAAGGUCAAGUUCAAGGGAGAUAACAACAUCAAUGCAGGAUGUGCCCAAAAAUACGGAGAUGUGUUAGCGACCAAAUAUAAUGAAAGCAUUCGUAACCUGCCUGCCUGUUCCUCAGUGCACUUGGAUGUUUUAGACUCCAGCAAGAUAAACUUUUCUGGCUCUGAGAUCACUCUUGGGACAUCAAUAACACUGAGAGGCUCUGGCUUAGCGGUGUGCAGUUGUUCAUCAGACAUCAUACAGAGCACACCAGCAAGUAUACACUGGCAAAUAACUGUAGCAGGUUGUCCAACGCUGGCUAAUAAAGACUCGGCAACACCAGAGAAGAAGUUUCUGGAGAGGGUUCAGGAUUGGAAAUGUCCAGCAGACUUCACUCUACAAGGUCGGACGGAUGGCUGCCAAGACGACGCCUUGGUUCCUACAUGUCGGAAAGUCACUGAAUGUUUAGAUACAGAGGAGCCUGUUGAAAUAACUUCUACCAUUUCUACACCUCUUACAUCUCAAUCUACUGCAACCAUAUUAUCAACUACUGCAGCAGAGGAUCAAAGGACUGAAAGUACUCUUACCACUGAAGAACCAGCAGAAGUGGUCACAACUGUAACAUUUACACAAGAUUACACAUUGUCAUCAACUAGUGCACGUACAGAACAAAUAACAACUAAAACCACAUUUAUAAAUGAACAAACAACUUCAACUAGUGCAGAAAGCAGCACACUGUUCUUAAACACAACUUCACUUCCUUACUCAGACUCUGUUUCAGACUUAUCUACAAAACCCCCACAAACAUCUUCAUCAAUACAAACAACUGUAAUAAGUACAACAGAAAAUCUUAAUCCUGCAACAACAAAAUCAACAACAGCAACCACAGAGGCAAUGACAGAAGUUACAGGAGAAUUGCAAGCAUCAACCACAACGUUUUUACCUUCACAAACAGUUUUAACAACCACUUCUACGGAGGCACUAUCUACCAAGACAACAGAAACUGUUACAACAGAUGCUGCUACAAAAUCAAAAGAGCCUUAUUCAACAACCUUAACAUUGACAGAUCUUACUUCAAAAAAGGCUUCUUUAACAACUACAACAGAGACUCUUACAACAUCUUCAAUGCUAAAAUCUUCAACAACAAUAGAUCAAAGCAAAACCACAACAACAGAAGCUCUAGAUGCUCAUACAACAACUUCAACAGCAGAGACUCCAACAACAACAUCCACAACAACAGAGGCUCCAACAACAACAUCCACAACAACAACAGUGGCUCCAACAACAACAUCAGAGGCUGCAACAAAAACAACAGAGGCUCCAACCACUACAACUACAACGAAGGCUCCAACAACAACAACAGAGGCUGCAACAACAACAACAGAGGCUACAACAACAAAGACUCCAACAACAACAACAAAGGCUCCAACAACAACAGAGGCUCCAACAAAAACAACAGAGACUCAAACAAAAACAGAGGCUCCAACAACAAUUCCAACAACAAUAGAGGCUCUAGAUGCUCUUACAACAACUUCAACAGCAGAGGCUCCAACAACAACAUCCACAGUAACAGAGGCUCCAAAAACAACAACCACAUCAACAAAGGCUCCAACAACAACAUCCAUAACAACAGAGACUCCAUUAUCAACAGUGGUUCCAACAACUGCUCAAACAUCAGAGACUUCAAUAACAUCCUCAUCAACAAAGGCUCAAACCAGAACCACAACAAUUGAGGCUCCAACAACAACACAAGUUCCAACCACAACAGUAGAGGCUUCAACAAUUUUAUCAACAACAAAGGCUCCAACAUCAACAGAAGCUCCAGCAACAACAAAGGCACCACCAACAACUAAAACAACAGACGCUCCAACAACUUCCACAUCAACAGUGGUUCCAACAACUACCAGAAUUACAGAGAUAACAACAACAGAGGCUCAAACAACAACCAAGACAACAGUGGUUCCAUCAACCACCACAAGAGUGGCCCCAACAACAACCAUUACAACAGAGGCUCAAACAACUUCCUCAUCAACUAAGGCUCCAACAACAACAGAGGCUCCAACAACAACCACAACAACAGAGGUUCCAACAACAACAUUGAAAACAACAAAUGCUUUAACAACAACCACAACAACAGAGGCACCAACCACUACCACAACAACAGAGGCUCCAAUAACAACAGAGACUCCAACAACAACAACCACAAGAGAGGCUACAACCACUACCACAUCAACAGAGACUCCAACAACAACUACAACAAUAAAGGUUCCAACAACAAGCACAACAACAGAGGUUCCAACAACAAGGGCUCCAACAACCACAGCCACAACAACAGAGGCUGCUACAACAACCACAACAACAGAAACUCCCACAACAACCACAACAACAGAAAAGCCAGCAACAACCACAACAACAGAGGCUCCAACAACAAAAACAACAACAGAGGCUCCAAAAACAUCAAAGGCUCCAACAACAACCACAACAGAGGUUCCAACAACCCCAACAGAGGCUACAACAACAGAAGCUCCUACAACAACAGAGGCUCCAACCCAAACAGAGGCUCCAAGAACAACAUCCACAACAACAGAGGUUCUAACAACAACAGAGGCUCCAACAACAACCACAACAAAGGCUUCAACAACAACAGAGUCUCCAACAACAACCACAACAACAGAGGCUCCAACAACAACCACAACAACAGAGGUGCCUACAACAACCACAACAACAGAGGUGCAUACAACAACCACAACAGAGGCUCUAACAACAACAGAGGCUGUUACAACAACCACAACAACAGUUGCUCCAACAACAACAAAGGCUCCAACAACAACAACAGAGGCUCCAACAACAACAUCAAUCGCAACAGAGGCUCCUACAAUAACAGAUGCUCCAACAACAUCCACAACAACAACAGAGGCUUUUACAACAACAGAGGUGCCUACAACAACCACAACAACAGAGGCUCCAACAACAACCACAACAGAGGCUCUAACAACAACAGAGGCUCCAACAACAACAGAGGCUCCAACAACAACCACAACAACAGAGGCUCCAACAACAACCACAACAACAGAGGCUCCAACAACAACAACAACAGAGGCUCCAACAACAACGAACAACAACCAGCCCAACAACAGAGGCUCAAAUAACAGCUACAACAACAGUAGCUCAACAACCACAACAACAGUGGCUCCAACUUCUGAUUUGUCUUAUACAAUUUCACUCACAAAUACUUCUCAAACACCCACCACAAGCACAUAUGUACCAACAACUUCUACUACUACUACUGCACAGACAACAACAACCGAACCACUGAUAGCUGAAACAACAACACCAGGAACAACAUUGGCUGCCUCUCUUCUACCUCUGCAUUAUGGGAUUUAUUGGACUUACAAAUAUCCAGCAUAUCCUCAAGAUACUACCUGCCAACAGAGUUUGGAAAAUGUAUAUGUUAGCAAUCUUGAUAGCAGCAGAAAAGCAGUUGAUAAUGCAAUGGCAGAUUCCGCUAAUAGGAAAUCCUGUAAAGGGGUUACUUUGUCAGUAACUCGAGAGAGGCCCUACAUCACUGAUCCAUACCAAGAGUUUAUUUUCAUUUUGAAAAUUGGUUUCAUGGGUAGCCAGACUCCAGUGGAAACUUGUGCUAUGGCUGUCAAUGGCACCAUCAACUCCAAAGUAGAGAGUUUAUUUAAUGAAAUUGAGAACAAUCAACCCUGUCCCUCUAUUUAUCCCUUCUCAAGUCGCACACUGUCCAAAGAGUAUACCUGGAUGUGCGGGAGUGACAACUAUAGCUAUGACGCAGCCCAGCAUCUCUGUAAACUGAGACUCCAGAACCUGGCGGCGUCCUUCUACCGCCCAGACUCACGGGCCGACACCCAGCCCGAGGUGGUGAUACAGACGGUACCACGACUGGAAACCACCAGUACCACCACUCCUGUAGUCUCCACCACCACCACUGUCCCGAGUUCUACCAGCAUUGUGGUUCCGACCUCCACCUCACAGACACCUGUUGAACCAGACCAGACUCCAUUCUUUAUCCUGGAGUAUAACUUCACCCUACAAAGUGAGGGGUUAACAGAAGAUUGUAAGAAGAGAUUGCGUGAAGAUGUAGAGCAGGCCGUCCAGCAGACCAGUGCGGCUAUUCAACAGAUCUUCCCUCACUUACCAGACUGCGACCACAUCACAGACGUCAAGCUCCUCAACACCAUGUCCAGAUUCUCUCACGACCCAACGACAAACCAGUCUCUGCAGUUUGAUCUUAGGUUCUUGGAGAACGAAACGACGACUACCCCACCAAACAAGAUGAAACUGAGGGUGCCCUUUGUGCUGCAGUCCAGGAAUUUCCCCGUGGAUGACAUGGAGUACUGCAUCAACAACAGUCUCAGACCAUUACUGGAUAAUAGCUUUACCAAUAACAUCUCAAACCUUGUUAAAGCAAUCCCUGCCAACAUUUGUCACACCAUAGAUUAUGUGAACUCAGGUUAUACACUAGACAUUGGAUGUCAGAGUCCUUAUAAAUUCCAUUACCUAGCCCGGCGCUGCUAUCGAAUCCCUGUGCUUUACAUGAUAACUAGAGAAUAUAAAAUGAAGGUGACCUUCUCAGUUGCUACAGCAAGCUUAAGCUCGUCUCAGUGUAGGUUAGCUUUCCAAAGGUCAAUUCGGAAACAACUGGAGAGGCAAGAAGUCACGAUUAUAAGGGAUCGCCUGUAUGACAUGUGCCUGGAUCAUAAUGUGGUGGUAACAAUCAGCAAAAACAUCGGUGAACUUGGAUAUCUCCGAAGUGAAAACAGUCUCAGUGAAAUAUAUGGUAAUGUUAGUGUUCUUUUGAUGGCUACAUCUGAGCAAGCAAAUUAUGCAGGUUGUGCUUCAACGGAAUUGCACAGGCACCUUUGGGGUAGAGAGUUCAUUCCAGGGGCCCUAGUGGUGGCAACAGAGAACUCGAGGGAAUGUGGGAACGUGACAUGGGAAAAAAAUGACCCUCUGGAUAUGAAAGAUCACUGUCUGGGUUCCUAUCUCUACUAUAAACAACUGCAACGAUGUAUUGACGACAGAUCAGCCGUAUUAAGAUCGAACUUUUCCACCGACAUAAGCUGGGUGGUGGAUCCCAGCCAGACCUGUUUGAGAAGCCUCAGACUACAGCUGAGGGGAUACCUGAAUGAUGUGAUCAAGAAUGAAGCCAAUUUUAGCGAGUGUCGACUGAUGACUAAAGGGAUUGAAGCCAACAUUUACGGGAAUCAGAUCAAACUGACUUUGAGUAUUUUGCCGUAUGAAUGGGACAUAAACCGUACUUUGGAGUGUUUGAAGCUCUUGUUUAAUAAGAAGUUGAAUUCUGGGUAUCAGAGAUUCCAACAACAUAUCAGUUCUACUUGCCCAGUCAGUCAAUCAAGGCCUUUCACCAACCCUAAUGUCAGCUUUCUAUGCAUGGCACCAAACUAUACAUGGGAUGACAAGAACCUUCUCUGUAUAAAAGGAAGUAUUAGAAGGAGAAGAAGUAUUUACCAGAGAUCUCUGGUACAGGGAAUAGCUACACAGCUAAGGGGAGGUAACCUGGAGCAACAUGGUGAGAAACAUCGACAGAAACGUAGCGUAGCACAAAACACUUCCAGCGAUGUGACUGCUUCCUGGCUACCUGCCUCGCCGGAAUGUCAAGAUCAACAAGCCCCAGUGUUUGGACCUUGUCUUUCCAUCCUUAAGGUUCCAAUGGGAAGAAAGGGUCCCUUGCCUGUCAAUGUCUCCCUGCCCAGAGCCACAGAUAACACUGGAGUCCCCCCUGUCGUCCAGUACUACCCAGCAGACAUACUCAGACAACCCUAUCUGUUUGAGGGACAGCAAAACAUCACAGUUAUGGCCACUGACCAGAGUAAUAACACAGCCACCUGUAUCAUCCAGCUACUCUAUGAGGACACCACUCCGCCUGACGUGAUAUGCCCCGAUACAGUGGUGGUAGAGAAAUACGAUACAAUCUACAACCAGACCAACAUCACCGCAAUCCCUAAUGUGGUCACCGCCCAGGACCGCAGUGGUAUCCUCUACAAUCGAAUCAACUACAGCGUUAUGUUAGAACACUUGGGUCAUGGAAUUUCACCAGGAGUGAUACCUGUGCGACAUUUUGUCAACAUUACAGCAAAGGCUAACGACACUUAUGGCAAUGAAGGGUCAUGUGACUUUCUUUAUGAGGCUAAAAGGGCAGAUAUGAAUGCACAUGGAAAUGUGGUGUUGAAUUUUUCUGUGGCCAUCACAGAUCCGAGGAAAGCCUGUACAGACAACACCUCGCGCCUGAUCAGCCUUGACGUGCUGAGUUACGCCAACAACAGCUGUAUAGAGAACGCCGAGAUCUACCUGGGCUACUUCCUCUAUGGCCAGGUUAUGUCACUGCUUGAGCAAUCAAUUUUAUAUACUGUCAAAGUAUAUGAGAAACAGACAAAGAAUGGCCGAGAUUUCAAACAGGAUUCUCUAGUGCUCACCCUGGUGGUGACCCAGCUCAAAGUUCACAGACAGAAGUUCUACCAGUGUAUGGAUAACUUUACACAACAAAUAGUGAACAAAUACCAGAACGGAUCCUCAGUAAAUGACCCAGUCUGUGGGAACAUGAACAUCUCACUGAACGCCACCAAAACAGCCGUUACCUGUCCCGCAGAUAGUGUGUUAAAUGAGACCAGCUUAAAAUGUGUUCAAUGUGACCUUGGUUACUAUGCUAACCAGACCAGCCAUACCUGUUUGAGGUGCCCAGGUAUAGAUGGAAUGAAGAUAGAAUGGGACUGUCAAUUGUGUGACAGUGAACAUCAAGUCUCCUGUCUCAAAUCUUGUAAGCCGGGUGAAUUCUCAGAGAAUGGACUACAGCCCUGUAUCAAGUGUCCACAGGGAAAGUACACUGACCAGCAGGGAGCGAAAUCUUGUAUUCCUUGUAGCAACGGGUCAUCCACUGAAAAAUCAGGGGCAGCAAGCUCAACUCAGUGUAAAACUGUAUGUAUGCCAGGCCAGUAUAGUGACACUGGAUUAGAGCCAUGUAUCAACUGUCCAUGGAACCACUACUCCAGCUCAGAAAUGUCCAGCCAGUGUACAGCAUGCCCUACUAACACUGCCACUGAUGGUACAGGGAAAUCCAGUCCUACUGAUUGCAAAGUUCUAGACUUCUGUAGCAAGAGUCCUUGUCUGAAUGGUGGGACCUGUAGACCAAACCUGGUAGACCAUUGGUACAGCUGUACUUGUGCUCCAGGACACUAUGGUUAUAACUGUGAACAUGACUACAGCGUCUGUGACAGUGAGCCGUGUAUGAAUGGAGGAACCUGUAGUGUGUUGUACAACAAACCUGUUUGCCACUGCCCUGCAGGUUACACUGGAGAUUUCUGUCAGGUCCCCCAGUCUCCUUGUUCAUGUGUUCACGGGUCUUGUAAAACCAGUACAAGUGGAUAUUACUGCCAGUGCUUUGAAGGAUUUACAGGCCUUAGCUGUUCCCAGGACAUUGAUGAGUGCUCACCCAAUCCGUGUCUCCAUGGCGGCAGAUGUAUCAAUCUGAUUGGUCAAUAUCAGUGUGAUUGUUCCGAGACUGGGUACAGGGGAGUUAACUGUACAGAACCUGAAAAUGAAGUCACCAAAAUCUGCUUCAAUGGAGGAGUAAAGCACACGCCAUACAGCAGCUGCUCCUGUAAGCAAGGGUACACAGGGAAUCAGUGUGAAGGUUUGAUUGACGAGUGUACCCUGAACUUCUGUGGAGAUAAUGGUCACUGUAUUGAUGGUAUCAACAACUUCACCUGUAUCUGCAAGCCUGGUUUUACUGGAAAGUACUGUAACAUAAAUAUCAAUGAGUGUUUAGCCAACCCCUGCCUGAACUCUGCCAGAUGUGAACCUGGAGAAAAUGAUUUCAAGUGUAUCUGUCCUCCCGGCUUUCAGGGGAAGCGGUGUGAGAUCAAUAGAGAUGAGUGCUCUCCCUUUCCCUGUAACCUAACCUCGGCUAUCGACUGUAUCGAUGGAGACAACGACUUCACCUGUGUUUGUAGGGAAGGCUGGACAGGCAAGUGGUGUGAGACUCGUACCCAUAGUUGUCCCUUCCAGUGCCAGAAUGAUGGAUUGUGUAACAUCAGUUUGGGAAGAUGUGACUGCAUAGCUGGAUAUACAGGGCCUUACUGUGAGGUGGAACUUGAUGAGUGUGCCUCCCUGCCUUGUUUAAAUGGAGGGAACUGUACAGACCUUGUAGAUGGAUUUUAUUGUAGCUGUCCUCCAGGAUUUAAAAAUAAAACCUGUAAUGUCAAUAUUGAUGACUGCAGCUCAGAUCCAUGCAGAAACGGGGGCACCUGUUUUGAUCUGGUUAAUAAGUUUACCUGCAGGUGCCCAUCUGAGUGGACAGGCCUCACAUGUGAAAACAAAAUAAGUCCCUGUACUUCUCUGCCCUGCCAGAAUAAUGGAACAUGUUUGGACUCUUCUCAGAGUGGAAAAUACUUCUGUGUUUGUCCAGAAGGGUAUUAUGGAGACAACUGUUCAGAAGAGGUGAUAACUUGUGAAUCUUCACGUUGUAAAAAUGGAGGUAUCUGUGUUAAUGGUGAGACUGGCUUCAUGUGUAACUGUACCUCGGGAUACACAGGGAAGAAGUGUGGGGAUAAAGUGGAUCCCUGCCUCAGCCACAAUGUCUGUCAAAACGGCGCGACCUGUCAGAACGGCACCUGUCUGUGUUCUCCAUAUUACAAUGGAUUUGACUGCGGAAAAGAGAAAGUCUCUAAUUUUGAUUUGUUCUUCCAUGGAUUGAAUGGAUCAUCAAGUCAGACCUGGAUCACAGUGGGAGAUGAAUUGUCCAUCUGUCUAUGGGUGCGAUCCUUCAUUGUUGGCCAGAAUAAAACCAUUUUGACCUUAGCAGUAAAUGAUACCUACCAGAUAGUGGAGUUCCGUGAAAACAGUUUGGCAACCAUUUCCAAAGCCAAACUGUGGUACAACAAUUGGGACCUUAACAAUGGCCUCUGGAACCAUGUCUGCUUUGUUUGGACAAAGAAAAACUCAAAAACUUGGUCUAUUUACCUGAAUGGAACAAAACUAGUGGGAGAUAGUCUGAUGGACAUACCCAAUAGGGUAAUGAUUUUACUGGGACAACCAUUACAAUCAGUGCCAGAUCAGGACCAGUUUCAUGGUGAGAUGAGCCAGCUUCAGGUAUUUCCUAACCAGUUAGAGCCAAACUACAUCUCCACAUUAUCCAAGACAUGCUACUCCAUGCCAGGAGUCAGUGGUCCGUGGAUGGAGUUACAAGCUAACAUCCGAGGUGAUCUGGAGGUGGUCGAACCCUCAACCUGCGGUGACAAGCGGUGUCCUGCUGGGUAUAAGGGACAUAACUGCAGCAUUAAGAUCGAUAAAAGUCCCCCAGUACUUGUAAGCUGUCCAAGUGAUUUCAGAGUAGUCAGUUCUCAACGGUUAAGCCUGGUCAACUGGACGGAGCCUGUAUUUUAUGAUGAUGUGGGUGUGGUGAAUAUCAUCCAAACACACAGAUCAGGGGAAGUGCUGGCCUAUGGGGAGUAUGUCGUCAUGUAUGUGGCAUUUGAUGCAGCAAACAACACAGCAAACUGUAGCUUUCACGUCGCAGUCUCUCCGUUUGACUGUGAAGUGCCUUUAGUAUCUUACAAAUAUGUUUUUAGCGUUUGACUGGGUGUGAACCACAGCUGUAGGACGGUAGGGAGUAAGAGGUACUGCUGGCUGAGCUGUGACAGUCCAGACACCCACACAUUCAGCGAAUCUGUCCCACAGUUCUACAAGUGUGGACUGACCGGGCAGUGGGACCCAGCCAGGGGAGAGAACUUCACAUUCCCUGCUUGUGCAGGGUUUUCUGCCCCUGCUGCGAGUGUGACGGGAACCAUUAGUUUUGGAGGACCGUUGUGUAGAGAGGACCUGAGACAGAAGCUGAAGCUGGUGUUUGACCAGACGAUGGCUCAGUGGAACCAGGAGUUUGGACUGUGUCCAGACAAUGUCUGUAACAUGUACGUCAAGAUCCACUGCUCGGGGGACGUCAGUCGCAGGAGGAAGCGCCGACAGGCUGAAGAUAACUCCUACCUUGUUAGAUUCAACUUUCCUGUUAACAAGACAUCCUUGGAGACAUCAAAUGCUCAACCAUUGGACAGCAUCAAGACUUAUGUAAAGAAAGGAGCCUUCAACAGUGAAGGUUUUGUUGCCAAAAAUGACUCUGUGAUUGUAACAGCCCAAUAUAACUGUUUAGAUGGCCAGGAGCUCAUACACACAGAGACCACAGAGUAUUGUGUGAACUGUGCCAUAGGUAGCUUCCACAAUCAGACUGUAAGUCCGGGCACAUGUGACUUGUGUCCACUUGGCUCUUAUAAUGAUCAGGAAAGACAAACUCAGUGUAAACCAUGUCCAGAGGGGCAGACAACUCAAGAUCCAGGGGCCACACAACAGGCUCAGUGCUACACCAUCUGUCCAGCUGGUCAGUAUGCAGAGGAUGUAACUAAUGUGUGUAGGAACUGUCCGCGGGGUUACUACCAGACCAGGCCAGGUAGAAGGAUGUGUCAGUCGUGUCCUAACGGUCAGAUGACUCUAGAAGAGGGCUCCACGUCACUGCAGAACUGUACAGCUGGGUGUCUGGCUGGGGAAGAGCUAUCAGUGAGGGGGGUCUGUGUGCUGUGUGGGCGGGGAUUCUACAAGGAGGGGACCACUCAGGCCUCCUGUCAGCCCUGUCCCUUUGGAACCACAACAUCAAAUCUAGGAAGCAAGUCUAUAGACCAGUGUAAUAUUAUUGUGUGCCCUGCUGGAUCUUAUGCCUCAAACAACAAGUGCCUUCUCUGUCCCCUGGGUCAAUAUCAGCCGGCCCGAGGUCAGGUCCAAUGUCUGAAAUGUGCCCAAGGGCAGACAACUCUCCUGGAGGGAAGUCAAAGCCCCGCAGACUGUGUGAAGGGAAACGUCAAUGAAUGUGAUACUGGUGUAGCAGAGUGUGGAACCAAUGAAAAAUGCAGUGACACACCAGACUACUAUAAAUGUGUCUGUAAGCAAGGAUAUGAACGUGUCGAUGGAACAUAUUGUUUAGCAAUCCAAACACCUGUUAAAGAAGAUGACAGUACAAUAAUCAUAGUCGGAGCGACAGUGGGGGCAGGAGUUGUCAUUCUUGUUGUGCUGGGAAUCUAUCUGGGCCUUCGCUGCAGGAAAAAGAAGGAUUCCAUGGAGCACAAGGCGAGAGUCCAUCGAGAUCUACCUGUUGUCUAUCUACCUGGAGGACCAGCUACAGCGUACCAGAACCGUGUGUACAGCUCCAGCCGCUCCAGCAGCGUGAUGUCACUUCCUGGCUCUGACAUCGAGCUGAGACCGGUAAUGUCUCCUAUUCGCUGGCAUCCAAGUUUAUUUCCAGAGUCGGAUGAUGACAUCCUGCCAUCUUUCUAUGAAUCGCCCAACAUCUCGGAUAUCUCAGAAAAUGGCUCCUCGGAGGGAGGGCGUAGCUCAGGAAGCGGGUUUGAUGUCGACUCGGACUCUUACUUCUGAUCACGUGGAACAGCACCAUUCCACUAUACAGAGAUUCUGAUGAAAAUUUCAGUCUCAUGGUAGCUUGCACAAGCCCCCCAGGAUAAACAUGUAAAUGUUGUACAGUGGGGGAAAACCAAAUGUCAUAUCAAAAUUAUAUGUCCAGAAAAUUCCAAAAAAUGUUGUGAUACCAACUCAAAAGUAUUUCAAAGCCUAAAAAUUUAUUAAUAUCAAAGAUGAAAUGUGAUUUUACUUCACAUUGCCUGAAUCAUUUUGGGGGAAAAAGCACAUACCUGGAGAUGUGCUGAACAACAUAGAUUUCUCCAUUCCCUAACGGACGGGAAGAUGGAGGAAUUGUGCCAUAAAGUCUCAUACAAACCAGUGAAUCUGUGAACUAGUCAGGGGAUAUUGGAACUAGUCAUGAUGAUAGGGAGUCAAACGUUAUAACACUUAGAAAACAGUAUGAAUGUCCCAUUAUUGAACUCAUCAAUAUUUAUGUGUGUAUAUACUUUUAUCAUCAAGUCAUAAUUUGUGUUCAUUCUCCACAUUUCAUGUUCAGAGACGUUCCUAUCAGAGGAAUGUUAAUUACGAAUUCUUUUGUUAAGUCUCGCUGAACCAUGGAUGAUAUUGGAGUGAGAGUAAUCUCUUGUGAACGAGGACCAUUUCUGUGUUCAGUGGAAAAAGCCACGGCUAAAGGACA